ACGUCAAGAUGGAGCCAAUGUUCAGUCCGGCCCUCCACAGGCAGAGACAUCAAUUUGUCAUCGAUUUUGUAAAGAGGAACAAACCCAAAAAGGUGGUGGACUUAGGGUGCAGUGAGUGCAGCCUUCUCAAACAGCUGAAGUUUCACCGUGAAAUUGAAUUGCUGGUUGGAGUUGACAUCGAUGGGGCCAAAGUGAAGAAAAAGAUGCAUGGCUUAGCUCCUAUGUCAACUGACUAUCUGCAACCAAGUAAUGAUCAGCUGUGCAUUGAGCUGUACCAAGGCUCAAUCACACAAAGAGACGCCCGCCUCAGAGGAUUUGACCUGGUGACCAGUAUAGAGCUCAUAGAGCACCUCACUCUUGCUGAUGUGGAGCGCUUCUCUGAGGUGGUCUUUGGUUACAUGACUCCAGUGGCGGUUAUCGUCAGCACCCCGAACUCUGAGUUCAACCCCCUUUUCCCUAGACUGGCGGGUUUUAGGCACAGUGACCACAAGUUUGAGUGGACCAGAGCCGAGUUCAAGUCCUGGGCUCUGAAGGUGUGUUUGGAUUACGGUUAUGAGGUGGAGUUUACUGGUGUUGGACAGGCACCUCUAGACCAGCAGGAGAGAGUUGGCUUCUGCUCCCAGAUUGGUGUGUUUCACCGGCUCGGGGGAAGAGAAGUCUACAACAUGUUGUAUUGUGAUGAUGCCGAGGAUGUGUUUUCAUACACACUGCUGUAUAGUAAGAACUACCCCAGCCUGCAUGACAACAACAUCUUGCGGAGGGUCCUGGCGACUGAGGUGUUGUACUGGGCAGAAAAGCUGAGGAUAAGAUGGGUGGAGGAGAAGACUGGUGAAAGGUAUAACGCUUAUACACUGUGCCAGGCUGAGGGUGAAGGGGAGGAAUGCCACAGAGCUUCAGAGCAACACCUGGAGGUUGAAGAGAAGCAGACAGCAACAGGUGGAGCAGCGAUGAAAAAUCUGAUGGAGCCUCAGGAAGUUGAGGAUGAACAGCUGUUUUGGACAGAUGGCCAAGGACAACAGGAGUCUUGCAAAUUGCACAGGUGUGUGUCUGUACCUCUGGCUGUGCUGUGGUCCUGCUGCCCCAAAGUCAGUGCCCUGAGUGGAAGUCUCAGUAACCUCAGACAGCUCCUGAUGGAUGACCCUGACGUUAAACUGAGCCAGGACGGCUCUGCUGUGCUCCUAAAUUACCAGGAACAAGGUACUAAGAAGAAGAAGAAGAAGGAUCAUGGUGCUUUGGAGGACAGUGGGUAUGCAGAGGUCAGACAGUGCUCCCUCAGUGUUGACCCAGAGGAAGACUGGGAUGCAAAUGUUUGA